AUGCCCACGCAAGCUUCCUCCAAUGCCCGCGGCACGAAGCCACAGGGCAACAACCAUGGCUUGAAUGGUUCUGAGACGCGAGCCGCUCUGUCAUCCUCUCUCAGAGUCGGCUCGCCCAUCGCACAAGCCCUUGCUCGCGACAUUGCCGAGUGUUCCGAUGACGAUCUCGUCGAACCCGCCGUUGACGGUACCACCGAUACUGAUCGGCCUCCAGGCCAUGCUUUAUAUGCUCGUCGCGCAAGUAGUGUCGCAUACGGAGCUUCACGCCCGGUCAUCAACGACACCAGCGCCGAGGACGCACCGUUUACACAGCACGACCUGCGCCAAUCUCGGGAAGCAGAACGCAGCCUUCUCAGAGAUAACCACAUUCUCCCACCCAAGCACCAGAAGCAGAGCAAAGGCAUUUUUGCCCGUAUUUACCGUCAACUAUUCAGCACAAAGAUACCCGUCGAUGAUGACCAUGGCGACGAUGUAGCACCAACCGAAACAUCUCCACUGCUCAACGGCCAAAAUCAGGCGCCACCAAGCAUCAGCAGCGACCAUUUAGAGGAACAAUGGGAAGAAGCUGUGACCUCGGGCCGUAUCCGCACUACCUGGCGGCGUGAGGCCAAAACUCUCAUCCAAUACUCUGUUCCUCUGAUUCUUACGUUUAUGCUCCAAUACUCUAUCAACGUCACAAGUAUCUUUGCUGUUGGCCAUAUCGGCAAGAUUGAACUCGGCGCGGUAUCCUUGGCAAACAUGUCUCAGGGCAUCACCUGUCUCGCACCCUUUCAGGGCCUCGCUACAAGUCUCGACACGCUCUGCGCUCAGGCGUUUGGCUCCGGUCACAAACAUCUCGUUGGACUCCAGUGUCAGCGCAUGGCUGCAUUCCUCUUGAUGCUAUCCGGACCAGUUAUCUUGAUUUGGUGCUUCUCCGAGUCGAUUUUACUUCGCGUCGUGCCCGAUGCAGAGACUGCCCGUCUUGCAGGCCUGUAUCUGAAAAUCAUGAUUCCCAGCAUUCCGGGCAUGAUUCUCUUCGAAUGCGGUAAACGAUUUACACAAGCACAAGGGCUCUUCAAUGCCACAACCUACGUUCUCAUCAUUGCCGCCCCGAUCAACAUCUUUGUCAGCUGGUUCUUGGUUUGGCACCUAAAGCUAGGCUUUAUUGGCGCACCCAUUGCAGUGGCCUUCACGGAGAGUCUUCUGCCCAUCCUUCUCUUCCUCUAUGUUGUCCUCAUUGAUGGCCGCCAAUGCUGGGGUGGCUUCAGUAAGCGAGCAUUCACGAACUGGGGCAUCAUGAUUAAACUGGCACUCCCUGGAAUGAUUAUGGUUGAAGCAGAAUGGCUUGCCUUUGAAAUCAUGACCCUCUUAGCCAGUCGCUUUGGCUCUUCGUACUUGGCAGCGCAGAGCGUGCUCACUACUCUGGGUACUAUCACCUACCAGAUCCCAUUUGCUACCUCGAUCGCUUCGUCUACGCGUGUUGCCAACCUCAUCGGCGCCAGCCUUGUGGAUGCAGCUAUUACGUCGUCCAAAGUCACUUUUUACAUGUCCAUCAUAGUGGGCUUGGUGAAUUUUGCCGUCUUCAGCUCGCUCCGAUUCCAUCUUCCUCUCCUCUUCACAAACGACCCCGAGGUCAUUGCUAUUGUUGCAAAGGUACUGCCUACACUCGCCGGCGUGCAAAUAUUCGAUGGUCUUGCAGCUAGUGCUCACGGCCUGCUCCGUGGCAUUGGCCGACAGGCCAUUGGUGGCCCGGUGAACCUCAUAGCUUACUACGUCAUUUCGCUCCCAAUCUCGCUGGCCAUGGCAUUCUGGCUGGGCUGGAAGCUAGAUGGACUCUGGGUUGGUGUGGCCGUGGGUCUCAUCUGUGUUGCCGUUUUCGAAUACAUUUACUUGAUACGAACAGACUGGCACCACGCUUCACGUGAGGCUGCUCACCGAAACCAAGCUGGUUAG